AUGCGCGUGGCGAAGUUCAAACCCCAACCGAAAUCGCGGCACACCCGAGUUGGUGGUGUCAAUAGAGUGCUUCGAAUGAAAGCGAUCAUACAAUUGUUAAAAGCAAGCUGGCGAUAUCCAGGCAAUAAAAGACUUCACGAUUCGACGGACUGUAUGUCAGUUGUGGAUCUUCUCUUGCGUUCGACAGAUCAGAGGACAUUUACCGACCUGUUCGGAAUGACUGCUGGGGAAGAAUUGUUCCGACAGUUUGCUGAACUGAAAGGUUCCCGUGAAAAAGCUUCAACCGCAUCUCAGGCGACAAUUCUGGAGAAUGAACACCGCGCCGGUCUGGCUGACACAGAAUCGGAUUUAGUCCCAGAGGUGAAAUCAUCCGUCCCGCAUUCAUCCGGAUCGUCCUCGGAUUCAUGUUCAACUCCCACCUCAUCCACAGACUCCUCAUUACCAACAGCCAAAUGGAAUGAAAAACGGACUCUAUGGAAAUUCAUUCUAUGUCUCUUAGAGAUGCCAGAGGCCAUGUCUGAUUCGAUUAUUUGGUUAAAUAAAGAACGGGGUACUUUCAAAUUCACCAAAAAUUCCGGGUCAAGAAAGGUUGCCGAGCUGUGGGGAUUGGUCAAGGGCAAUCGGAAGAUGACUUACGACAGUAUGACUCGAAACUUUCGAGUCCCUGACGCUCGUAUUUUUCAUCCGUCCAAUCAACGUCUAGUGUAUUGCUUCAACUGGGAAUAUGGUGAAGCGUUGGAAUUUUACAAGAGUUUGGCCAACCCUUCUAGUGUGGAAUAUUACAGAAAUGUGAAAAAUUUGGUGACCAAGUAUUAUAGAAAACUGCAACAAAAUUCCGGCGGAACCCCGUGA